AUGACUCUGAAGUUAAAGCAUGAAUAUACUGCACAUGAUGGAAGUGUAACGCAAAUUAAAUAUAGUAAAGACUAUAAGCAUAUUAUUUCAUCUGGUGAGGAUGGUGUGAUUCAAAUAUGGAAAAUUGAUAAUAAUGAAUUUGUGGCUUCUAUGAAAGGACACAUGGGAUCCGUUAACUCUUUCGUAACUAAUAACUCUGACUCCCAAAUGAUAAGCGGAGGCACUGAUCGCUCCUUAGUUUGGUGGGAUGUCGAAAGACAAGCCGAUAUCAGACGUUUAAAAUGCCAUGAUGGUGCUAUUAACUCAGUUUGUCUCAGCAAAAAUUUAGGAAUUGUAUUUUCAGGUUCAACAGAUUCAACUGUCCAAGCAUGGGAUAACAGAAUUAGCAGUAAUUCGCCUAUGAGUGUCUUUUCAGAUGCUAAAGAUGCUAUAACUUCCGUUUCAACUAGUAGAUAUGAAAUUUUCACUGCAUCGCUCGAUGGAAAGCUAAGAAUGUAUGACGUUCGAAAUAACAAACUUAUUAUGGAUGAUAUAGGUUCACCUAUUAUGCAUAUAGAACUUAGCUGGGAUAAUCAUGCAGUUUUAGUUGCAGAUAGCUCAUCCAGAAUAAAAUUACAAACCACUAACACAGGAGACGCAUACCAGAUGUACGAAGGUGCCAUCAUUGAAAAUUGCCCAAUUAAAUGCCAUUUUGCUUCCUCAAUUUAUAAGAUAAUCUCAGGAUCGAAAACAGGCGAAGGUUUCAUAUGGGAUACAAAAGAAGGAAAGCUUGAUGAUAAAAUUAAGUUUGGUGAAGGCCCAAUAAUUGAUGUAGCCGCCAAUGAACCAUUCACAGCCAUAUCUCUAGGUUCAACAAAUGGUCAUAUAGGUAUCUUUGAAAAAGAAGAUUAA